GGAUCAUGCGCCGGAGUCCUUCAGGUCGGAAGUGACGUAUAUUAUGUUAGGUGUCCCUCGAAAAAUGUAGUUAGCGUGAACUACCUGCAGCUAAUAUCGCCGGGGGGAGCGUAGCGGUCAGGGUUCAAGUAUCUACCUGCCGGUGGGACGCGGCUUGAACCAACCACUUGAACCUUCCUCCUGCACAUGGCAGCGUGAACGAAGCGGUCCGAGUGGAUGCGGUGGGGCAUCGCCGGCGCGAUAGCGUGUGCGCCUCGCCGUGACUGCGGGAGCGCGCCCUCCUGCUCCUGCGAUGGACUCGUGGACGCCCAACCCGCGUGCCAAGCCCUUCAUCCCCCGGCAGCAGCGGAGCCUCUACCUCACCUGGAAGUACAAACUGACCAACAAAAGGGCCAUUCGGCGGCUCUGCCAGGCUGGGGCCGUGCUCUUCUUACUGGUGACGGUAAUCAUAAAUAUCAAACUCAUAUUGGACACCAGGAGAGUAGCCAAUGAGGAAGAGGCUGCACAGGAUUACGAUGAAACGUUGCCAAACAUGGAGACCCCUCGCAGGCCACAGAAUGGUCGGAAGGUUCUGGACAUCGAGGUGUACUCCAGCCGCUCAAAGGUCUAUGUGGCGGUCGAUGGGACCACUGUUCUGGAGGACGAGAUGCGAGAGCAAGGGCGGGGAAUUCACGUGAUCGUCCUCAAUCAGGCCACCGGUCACGUGAUGGCCAAGCGAAUUUUCGACACGUACUCCCCGCAUGAGGAUGAGGCCAUGAUCCUCUUCCUCAACAUGGUGACCCGUGGACGAGUGCUCAUCUUUACCAUCAAGGAUGAAGGCACCUUCCAUUUAAAAGAUGCAGCCAAGAACCUGCUGAAAGGCUUGGGUAGCCGGGUAUCGCUGACCCUCAGCUGGAGGGACAUGUGGACCUUGGUGGUGAAGAAAGGAGGCCAAGUGUAUGGGGAGAAGCACUCGAAGUCCCCAGCGCUGUCAACCUGGGGCGACCCUGUGCUGCUGAAGACAGAGGUUCAGCUGACUCCGUCUGAAGAGGCAGAGUGCCACUGGCCCGACACGGAGCUCAACCGGAGACGGAAGGUCUUCUGCAGCAAGGUGGAAGGUUACGGCAGCAUCUGCGGCUGCAAAGACCCGGCGCCCAUUGAGUUCAGCCCCGACCCUUUGCCCACCAAUAAUGUCUACGACGUUCCUGUAGCUGUUAUCGCCGGAAACAGGCCGAAUUACCUCUACAGGAUGCUUCGAUCUCUUCUCUCCUCGCAUGGCGUCAACCCACAGAUGAUAACAGUCUUCAUCGACGGUUACUACGAGGAGCCGAUGGAUGUAGUGGAGCUGUUUGGCCUGAAGGGGGUUCAGCACACUCCCAUAAGCAUUAAAAAUGCCAGGGUGUCGCAGCAUUACAAGGCCAGUUUGACUGCAACCUUCAACCUGCAUCCGGAAGCCGACUUUGCAAUCGUCUUGGAGGAAGACCUGGAUAUAUCCAUCGAUUUCUUCAGCUUCCUGAGUCAGACUAUCCAUUUGCUGAAUGAAGAUGAAAGCCUGUACUGUAUUUCUGCCUGGAAUGACCAGGGCUAUGAGCAUACAGCAGAGGACCCCUCUCUGCUAUACCGUGUGGAGAGCAUGCCUGGCCUGGGCUGGGUGCUAAAGAAGAGCCUGUACAAGGAUGAGCUGGAGCCCAAGUGGCCCACACCAGAGAAGCUGUGGGACUGGGACAUGUGGAUGCGGAUGCCAGAGCAGCGGCAGGGCCGUGAGUGCGUCAUUCCGGACGUGUCCCGCUCGUAUCACUUCGGGAUCAUCGGCCUCAACAUGAAUGGAUACUUCCACGAAGUCUAUUUUAAGAAGCACAAGUUCAACACGGUCCCAAAUGUUCAGCUCAAGAAUGUCGACAGCUUGAAGAAGGAAGCAUACGAGAUGGAGAUACAGAAGCUGCUGGGAGAGGCCCUGCUCCUUGACCACAGCAAGAACCCCUGUGAGGACUCUUUCAUCCCUGACACGGAGGGGAAGACCUACGUCAUGUACAUCAAGAUGGAGCAGGAGGCGGAUACGGCCACGUGGACUGAACUGGCAAAGUGUCUGCAUGUGUGGGACCUGGACGUGCGUGGGAACCACAGAGGACUGUGGCGUCUCUUCAGGAAGAAGAACCACAUCUUCGUCAUCGCCGUGCCGGUGUCUCCGUACUCAGUGAAGAAACCCCCCCAGAUAACCCCAAUCCACCUGGAGCCGGCGCCCAAGGAGGACGGCGCUCCUGUGGAGCAGACGUAACGGCGCGGCAAUGCGGUCGCUUUGAACAUUGACCGCUCUCUGUGGCGGUCUGACCGCCAGCCUGGGCCCCCCCGCGGGGCCCGGCGGGUGAGUUUGCCGCAGGACUCUGGGAGGGGGCGUGGUGGGAAAGUGGGGUUACGGCCCCAUCACCAUGUGCUUCUCUUUAUUUAAUGCGAAGGUGUUGCUAAUGACCCACAACGCUAAUGCUGAUCAGCUGCAGGGUGGGAGGAGACUGCCUGGCUCAUAACACCCUCCCGAACACUGCCUUAAUCUCAGGCCUGGCUGUCACACUCCCUCCAGGACUGAAUACCAUGGGGGGGGGGGGCACAGGGUUCGACUCGAAGCAUUUGCUAAGCAUUUACUGACAUCUGAAGUGUAGCCAUGGCGAUCUGCCCCAGUGGCUCCAAGCACUGGUGGGAGGGGGAUAAAUGCCCCGCAUGGCUGUCAGUGACUCCAUGCCACUCAAACGCACCACUUUCAAACUACUGAAUGCUCUGUCCGUUUUGUACAUACAAUCAUUUUGAAUUAUGUCUAUUUAUUUGACCUGUUUCAACAGACGGGUUCUUUUCGGUUGGUCAGCAAUUUCACAAUGUAUCUGCAUCUAAGUCCCGUUUGAAUUUGUAUUGUUUUUGUAGUGAUUUUCAGCCUUGAUAGUACUGUAAUUUUAAUUUAUUUCAUAUAUAAGGGGCUUUGGGUUAAGGACAAUAGCUUUUACUAACACUUGAACACUACGUGUACUAUAACCUGUGUGAAACAACCACUUUGUGUUUUGUUUUUUUAAAGAACUGUACAAAGUUCCUUCCUAUCUGGGGUUUUCUCAAAGCGGUUAAUAUGCCAGAUUUUCGAUCAUUUCAUACCGAUUUUAAAAGCAGAUCUUACAAGCUGUUUCAUUCAGAGAAAUGACUAAUAUACCAUCAUGUGAGAAAUCUACCAUUUCAAAAAGGAAGGAAGACUUUUUACUACUGCGAUUCUCCAUGGCUGUACGAGGGUCUGACAACGAUCGGAAAACAAAAGGAAAGAUGUAACGAUACUCGGCAGUUCUCGCACCUCCUGAACGGUGCGCCCACCAGUAUUACCGGCUGGACAUGUGACUGAACUCCUGUUGCAGUUUGAUGACUCAUAAGAUGUGACAUCACCCAUCCUGCAUCAUCACACAACCGUGACGUUUGCAUUGUAGCGCUUUCAUGGUUACAUGGUUUAACAUUUUAACCCGUUAUACUUUUAUCAUAUUUUUUGUUCUUUUUUUUCCCUUAUACGCAAUAAAAUUAGUUUUGUAUGCUGUG